ACAGAAGUAUUCUUUAAUUGUUUUUCUUUUUAUCUUUCAGGUCUCUCAGCAGCCAAACUGCUGACUGAAUCAGGCUUGAAUGUGGUGUUGCUGGAAGCCAAUGACAGGGUUGGUGGAAGAACUUUCACCGUAAGGAAUAAGCAAGUUAAAUAUGUGGACCUUGGAGGAGCUUACGUGGGGCCAACACAAAAUCGUCUCCUGCGGUUAUCUAAAGAGUUAGGAAUAGAGACGUAUAAAGUGAAUGAAGUUGAGCGCCUGAUACACCAUGUCAAGGGUAAGUCUUACCCCUUCAAAGGUCCAUUCCCUCCUAUGUGGAAUCCGCUGGUCUACCUGGACUACAACAACCUGUGGAGGACCAUGGAUGAAAUGGGAAAGGAGAUUCCCAGUGAAGCCCCAUGGAAGGCUCCACAUGCGGAAGAAUGGGACAAAAUGACUAUGCAAGAUUUCAUAGAUAAAAUUUGCUGGACAAAUGCUGCCAAGAGUUUUGCAACUCUGUUUGUGAAUGUGGAUGUCACUUCUGAACCCCACGAGGUUUCUGCCCUUUGGUUUUUGUGGUACGUGAAGCAGUGUGGAGGGACAGCAAGAAUAUUCUCAACGACCAACGGAGGACAG